UAUCCAGGUGCUGAAUGGUGAAAUGUGCUCAUGAGAAUGAACGCCUCUAUGCUGUCCGGCUUUGGAUAGCCUGAAGAGGAUAACUCUCUCUUCGUCUCAAGGCAUAGAAGCUGUGGCGUAACUGCAAGCUAUUGACUUUAAGCCUACUAUUGUAAUGCUGAGCCAGUAGUGUGUUGAAAGGCGAUAUUUUUCUAUAUCUGAUUUACUUAAUCCCCGAGAUAUAGCCCCGAUGACCAGGCCUUAUGGCCGCUCUGCUUUGAGAGGAUCCACACUGCGGGCCGCGGCAGUUUUGCAGCGGCGAGCUGUCACACCAGGCCCCCAAACCCCCGGGAGAGACGGCUCAGACUUAGCCGAUGCUGUGAUGGAAAUAGAAAUCUAUCGCUUUAAUAAGAGCGGCAGAGGCCGCACGUCCCCCUGUCUCCAGCCCCAGGGCGAGCUCUCCGCCCCGUCUCAGAUGUUCCUGACAGUAUACCUCAGUAACAAUGACCAGCAUUUUACUGAGGUUCCCGUCACCCCGGAGACGCUGUGCCGGGACGUGGUGGAGUUGUGCAAGGAGCCGGGGGAGACGGACUGCCACCUGUCUGAGAUGUGGCGUGGAUCUGAGCGAGCUGUUGGCGACGUGGAGAGGAUGCUGGAUGUGCUCCAGCGAUGGGGACAGCACAGGGCAGAGGUGCGAUUCUUUCUGCGCCACAACCGAGCCCCUAGCAGGGAAUCAGGGGGCUCAAGAGGCUCAGAUCCAAAGAGAAAUGGAGUGAGGGGUCCCCAAGACAGGAGGAUGGAGAAUGGGGUGGCGACACCCCGGAUGGACAUGACACUGGCCGAGCUCCAAGAGAUGGCUACCAGACAGCAGCAGCAGAUAGAAGCUCAACAACAGCUCCUCUCAUCCAAGGAGCAGCGGCUGCGCUACCUGAAGCAGCAGGAGCAGCGUCAGCAGCAGCAGGCCUCUGAGCAGGAGAAACUGCAGCGCCUCCGAGAGAACAUCGAGAACCAGGAAACUCGGCUCAAGAAGGUCCGGGCCCUCAAGGGCCAGGUGGAGCAGAAGCGCCUCAGCAACGGCAAACUGGUUGAGGAGAUAGACCAGAUGAACAACCUGUUUCAGCAGAAGCAGCGAGAACUGGUGAUGGCAGCGUCCAAGGUCGAGGAGCUCAGCCGACAGCUGGACACGCUCAAAAACGGCAAAAUGGACAACUUCCAUGACAACCAGAGCUCUGUGGCCGAGCUCGACCGCCUCUACAAGGAGCUACAACUGAGGAACAAGCUCAACCAGGAUCAAAACUCUAAGCUGCAUCAUCAGAGAGAGAGCCUGAACAAGCGCAACAUGGAGGUGGCCGCAAUGGACAAACGGAUCAGUGAGCUCCGAGAUCGUCUGUGGAAGAAGAAGGCAGCACUGCAGCAAAAGGAGAACUUGCCUCCUCAGAUGCCCCGGCAUUCAGAGCUCACCAAUGCCAACAAUGGCUACCCUGGUAAAGAGAGGGCUUCAAAAGACACUCAUCCUCAGCAGCCCUCUGAUGGCCAAGCCGGACAGCAGACAGGUCCGUCUCGUGUGGCUGCGGUUGGCCCAUACAUCCAGUCGUCCACCAUGCCCCGGGGCCCAGUGAGACAUGACCUGCUCGUGAAACCAGCCUACCCUGACGGCACUGCCACCCUGCCAGCCCAUGACCCACAGAGCAAGGCCGGCGCAGGUCCAGAAUCCAACACCAACGGCCAUGGUCCUUCUUCGACUCUGCCCCGAAUGUCUUCUCACUCCAACAGCUCUUACACAGAACAGGGGAUAGAUGAGACAGAACUGAAGAGGGACAGGAAAGUGCGUCCAUUUUCCAUGUUCGAGCCGACGGAAGCUCCCGUCACCUCCCUCCGCAAAAACCAGAGCAGUGAUGACCUGGUCCGGGAUGCUCAGUCGGCUCCCAAGGCUCCGGUCAAGGUGCCUCCUCCUGUGCCCACCAAACCGAAAGGCCCCGGGGUCGUGCCCUACGGCAAACCAGGCCUCAACACAGGAACUUUCCCCAAGGCCAAGCCCCAUGGCCAGCAGCCCCCGGCUGCCCAGAACCACGGGCCUCUGACGCCCUCACAGAGCCAGACACUGCCCCUGCCCGCCAAGCAGGAUGCUCCACCUGCAGCCACGGUGCGGCCCUUCACCCCGGAGCUGCCCUCCUCCAAAGACGCCAGCAUGAGUAAACCCCAGACCUUAGCAGGCAGCUCCAUAUACUCCAUGUACACACAGCAACCUGGCCAAGGCAAGCCCUUCGUGUCUGGUUCACAGGGAACUCUAAACAGGGUCCAGAGCCGCAACGGAUUUAUCAGUGUGUACGGUAAACCAGUGUUCGCCAGUGGAGGCUCCCCACAUCCGGAAAACCCUUACCUGGACAGCCGCUCCCCUGGGCCAGAGUUUGAGGUCGACCACAGUGGACCAAACAGUGUGGGUCCGAGCUCGUCUGAUGGCCCCCAACCAGAAACGGAGCGCAUCCCCCGGCCCCUCAGCCCCACCAAGCUGCUUCCCUUCAUUUCCAACCCCUACAGACAUCAGAGUGAGAGCGACCUGGAAGCCCUGAGGAAGAAGCUCUACAACGCCCCGCGGCCCCUGAAGAAGCGCAGCUCUAUCACCGAACCAGAGGGUCCUGCAGGGCCCAAUAUUCAGAAACUCCUCUAUCAGAAGACAACGCUGGCAGCUAUGGAGACCACUUUGACCACACCAACCACUCCCACCUUCACAGGUGAAGCAGAGCCGGCGGCAGAGGGAUCUGCAGGACCACAUUUUCCAGGCGCUUUGAGCGGUCCCGAGAACCACCCGUCAGAGACGGGAGCGGCUCCGGGGGGAGGACAGACCCUAUCUCACAUCCCGGGUGCUAACAUCUCCGUUCCCCUCCCUGCUGAACAAACCAAAAAACCGUCCGCUAUCCUAGAGAGGGAAGACAUUAUACCCCCUCCUCCCCCAUCCCAUCCGGCCCCCAGGCCAGAUGAUGCGCUUUUCCCACCACCACCCCCUGCUGGCUUGGACGACACAAUCCCCAACCUGCCUCCUCCACCUCCAGAAGGCUUCCUGGAGGAGUUCCCUCCCUACCCACCACCCCCAUACCCCAGCGGAGCAGAGCAGGAGAGCUUGGGAGAGGACAUCUUCAACAUGAAGGCACCGGAGGUCACGGGCCAGGUCACUCUGCCACCGGGAAAGAGGACCAAUUUGCGCAAACUUGGCUCUGAACGCAUCGAUCACAGCAUGAGAGUGAAGUUCAACCCGCUGGCUCUGCUGCUGGACUCUUCUCUGGAGGGAGAGUUUGACCUGGUCCAGAGAAUCAUCUAUGAGGUGGAGGAUCCAAGUCUGCCCAACGAUGAAGGCAUCACAGCUCUACACAACGCCGUUUGCGCCGGACACACAGAGAUCGUCAAGUUCCUGGUUCAGUUCGGUGUCAAUGUCAAUGCUGCCGACAGUGAUGGCUGGACACCUCUUCACUGUGCUGCAUCCUGCAAUAAUGUGCAAGUGUGCAAGUUCCUGGUGGAGUCUGGUGCUGCAGUGUUCGCGAUGACUUACAGCGACAUGCAGACGGCUGCUGAUAAAUGUGAAGAAAUGGAGGAGGGCUACACCCAGUGCUCUCAGUUCCUCUAUGGUGUGCAAGAGAAGAUGGGCAUCAUGAACAGGGGUGUGGUGUAUGGUCUGUGGGACUACGGGGGCGAGAGCCCCGAUGAGCUGUUGUUCAGCGAGGGAGACUGCAUGACCAUCGUCCGCAGAGAAGACGAGGACGAGAUCGAAUGGUGGUGGGCGCGCAUGGGCGACACUGAGGGUUACAUUCCCCGCAAUCUCCUAGGGCUCUAUCCCAGAAUAAAGCCAAGACAGAGGACCCUGGCUUGAAAAACAAAGAGGCCUGCACAUUCCAGUCAGCCAGAACACUCCAAGACACACACACAAACACACACGCACAUACGGACACACAGGCACACGCGCGCGCACACACAGGCUUUAACAGACUGGAGAGGAGAAAGACACUGUUGAAAUGAAGGACAGACCAAACCAUAUGAAGGAUCAGCUCCGAGCUCUGUCUGGCACUUUUCUGUUUUCCACAACAGAGGGAUUCUCUCUUUACUUUUCCAUGCCACACUGUCUACUUUGUGCUUAAGACACUAACGGCAUUGUUUUCCUUUAUUCCACUGUUUUUGUACUUAGUAUCUGAUCGACUGGUCAGCUACUAUUUCUCAAGUGACAGAAAUUCAAAAAAAUCUGGAUGUAAAUGGAACGAGCAGUAUUUUUUUAUUUCCGGAAAGUGAUUUUUUUUUUUACACUUUUGAACUGUUCCUUAUUUUCUAACAUACGUUGCAUGAGAUGAAUGAAUGGAUGAUAAUGAUGGUGUCGUUUUUGAAAAGGCUGUUACCAUGACAAUCUUUGGGGGCUUGUUUUUUUUUCCUCGUCAUCUAUGCUGAGUGACUGUGCCUCUGUAUAUCUGCACUGGAGAUGCAAAGUUUCAGAUGUGACCACCACUGUUCUGCCUAAACAAAAGGAAAAUGAAAAACAAACAGUGAUGAAGCUUUUGAGUGAUCUAUUGCUGUUCAUCCUGUGGUCUGUGGCACACAGACGUCCAGUCUACUCUCCUGCUUUGGCACAUAGCAGAGAUGCCAUAAGAUACUGUGUAUACACGUAUUUCUGUCACAUGAACUAGUGAAACGUUACUGUGGUAAUGAUAUUGUUAUGAACAUGGACUUUGAAACUCAUAAGAGGCCCUUUGGCCAAGAAGGAGAUGCCAUGCAGUAUGAAUUUUAAUAUUUCAUUACAGCCAUUCCAUGACAAUACAGUAAGGCAAGCCUAAUACCCGAGACCUUGACUCAUUGUAGUAAUCAAUAAGAGAUGAAGCAUUAUAUUGUAAAGUCACAACAUUUUCUAAGUCAAAUAAUCUCUUAAAAACAAAAAUUACAUUCCCAAAAUUCAAUCACUUAUCUCUGUCAAUGCAGAUGUAUUUAUUUUUGUUUUUAUUUUCCUUUAGCCUUUUUGUCAUAAUUAUAACCACAAAUGUACUGUAGUCUUUCAAAAAUUUACAAUAAAAUACUUUGUACUAAG